CACACACACACACACACACACACACACACACACUCUCAAACUCUCAAACUCUCACAGUCCCGCCUUAUGAUGUGGCAAGGCAGGAAACAAAAGGGUAGAUUGCAAACAAGGGAUUGAGAGGGAACAUUUCACCCUUUCCCUGUGUGGGUAUAUGUGUACAAUUGCAAGCAUAUGCUUUUCAAUCUCAACACGCAACCACUGAGAUGAUAAGCGCAGCGAUUAGCCUUAUCUGGGAAAACUCCCUCACAGUGCUGACCACAGCAAAACCACUGCCUCCCAUUAUUCCAAUAUAGUUUUACGGCCUGGUUUAUGGGGCAGUGUCAUGCUGUGACCAAGCUCAGCCAACAUGCCUGAAGCAGAUGAUGUGCCAUGGCAAAGCUGGUCAUCUUCGCUCCGAAAAAGGUGGCAAAUUCUGUCAUGUGCCAGGAAUCAACAUCGAUCGCUUGUGUGAACAGCUCAGCUGUUAGGAAUACUUCAAAAGCAAUUAAGACAAAUUACCAUUGUUGACAAAACUAAGGGCUAAGUUCUCAUGCAGGACUUAGACUUACACUGUGAUAUGUAGUGUUUAAAGCUGUUGUUAAAUAUUGAAUUUUACGCUCGAUACUAUAGAGAUUGAUUUUGUAACAGCGUGGCCCACUUUUCCCUGUCACAACAGUUCGUCAAAAAAGUUUUGAUAUGGUUCUCUGUGAUACUAGGUUGACAAAUGACUUCUGGUAGAGGGGGCCUUCAGUUGUGGAAAUAUCUGUAUUUAGCCAGGAAUGUGACCAAAGGGAACAAUGUGCUCAGCCAGUUGACACUAAUGGACCUCCCCACCAUUUGUCCUGUGCUGCCCUUGACCAGAGAGACCACAACCAACAAGGCAGCAUUACCCUCGAUAGCCCGGGUGCUUCUGACUGCUGUCUGGCACUCUUGGCGGGCACUUUUGCCCCCACCGUCCCAGAGACCCACGCAUUAACCUCAGAUCUGGCCAUCGAUUCCUAUAAAUUAUCUGCCUUUCAGACCUGUUUGAUCAGGUUGUGCUGUCCUGUGCUAAAGAGCUCCAUUUAAAAUUCACUUUUUACGCUGAUAACACAGCUGUAGGACUAAAUGUGUCCCCAGGCUAUGUGUGUAUGUCUGUGGAGUGAGUUGAGCCUAGUUUUACUGCAACGCCAUUGGUUGUACAGCAUGACCUCAUAUUGACCAUAUUGACCAUCGGUCAGGGAUGGUAACAAGUUGGGUCUGCAUGUCUGGACGGGACAGAUCGUUGGCAGAUAACUGUAACACUUUUAGGAACAUGUGUGUGAGAGUACACAAAUGCAGAACACACACUCACAUACACACACUGCUGCUUUUUAUUGGAAUUCUUGGACCUCCCACAUUCCUGCUCAGAAGGUUAAUAGUUGCCGGCUGUGUUGCAUUACACAUGAGGGGAAAACACAACAGUUACUAUCUCUGCAAGCCUUUCCUAAGCAAACUAACUCAGUGACUUGCAAAGUCAUGCAUGAAUUCAUAUGCAGACGUAUUUUGAAUGCCUCUUUAGGACUACAUGAGCAAAACCUAUUGGACAAUGCAUGGAAAAAUAAAAUAAUGUCUGUUAUGUUAAUAGAUGGAAGUUUGUUUGUUUGUUUCUUUAAUUAAAGCUAGCAGCCUCACAUUGCAUAUACACCCCAUCAUACACACAGAAGCGCAGAGGGUCUCUUUUCAGAUGGGUAUCAAAAUUCAUGUUGAGAAUGCAGCAGGGUGUGUUGGUGUGCAUCGAUUGACCUGCACUGUUCAGCAGCUGUUUGUGUUUGCGUGCAUGUGUAUUGUAAUGUAAUAUGGGGAGUUUACAGAGUUGUAUUGUUCUAGAGGUGACUCAGAGUGAGGCACAGAAAGGCAUGUUAUUGUAAAAGAAUAUCAAGUGUGUAUAUGAAGGUUUUUUUUCUGGGUGGGCAGCCGUGUUAAACGUAUUACUCGCGAACAAAGUGUGUACAUCGGUUGCUUGUGGGUGUAUGUAUAACAGCUUCUUGGUGAUGGCGGCGCCGUUGAAACCGAUCUGAGUGAUGACAUGCAUGCACGCACACACACACACCAGGGAAGAUCAGGUAACUCCAUUCCUCUCAUUCUUCCAGAUCAGAGGUUUUAUUUUGAUCCUCACAACACAAUGAACUGUCCUUUAGGGUAGAGCCUGGAGUGUCACCUCUCUGCUGCUUGGAGUAUAAUCAUGGUGUAAGCUGUCAAGAGCGGUGCAUAGUCAGUCAGUCACGAAGCUAACUCUUGCAACUUCACCCCUUCCAAGCUUGCACCGCCUCUGAACCACACCACAACCUCCUGGCCUGACCUGUUCCACGCGCACACACACACACGCACGCACACACACGGGUAGUUCCUCAUAAUCCCCUACUGUUGCUGCUGCACCCAACAGUGACUGUUUUUUUCCCAAUGGUAGGGCUCGCCCGAGCGGUGUGGUAAUGUAUACUUCUAAUCUUCUUAGAUUAACCCCAAUAAUACUGGUCAUGCUGAGGGCAUCUCUUCAGUGGGGAUCUGCACACACAGUGGCUGCUAAUGUACAUUCCAGGGAGGAUCAGAACAACAGGAAUGGACCUACUGUCAAUUAAAAUUAACUGACAGAGUUUCCAAACUGUUAUAUGGUCUCUGUGCAUUAUCUUGUGUGUAAGGGUUUGCCUUCCCAGACUGGGCUUACAAGCCUGAGUCGAGCCCCGGGUCCAGGCAGAUCCAGCUGUGGCACUUCAUCCUGGAGCUGCUCAGGAAAGAAGAGUAUCAUGAUGUCAUUGCCUGGCAGGGGGACUACGGCGAGUUCGUCAUCAAGGACCCUGAUGAAGUAGCCCGACUAUGGGGUGCCAGGAAGUGCAAACCCCAAAUGAAUUACGAUAAGCUGAGCAGGGCUCUGAGAUACUACUACAACAAGAGGAUCCUCCAUAAGACCAAAGGCAAGAGGUUCACCUAUAAAUUCAACUUCAAUAAACUGGUUUUGGUCAACUAUCCCUUUAUCGACAUGGGCUCCACUGGAAGCAGUGUUCCUCAGAGUGCUCCACCUGUCCCCACUGGUGCAGGGACUCACUUCCGCUUUCCUCCUUCAACCCCCUCCGAAGUCCUCUCCCCAAAUGAGGACCUGCGCAGCCCCGGCAGCAUGUUCAGCUCCGUGGCCCGGCGAAUGGCGCGUGGCUCCGUCAGCGACUGCAGUGACGGCACCUCGGUCAACUCUGAGAUUGAGGAGGGCAACACGGGAGCUGGGGAGGAGAGGGGAGAGAGGGGUGUGAGUGGGGGAGGAGGACCUGGUGGUGGAGGAGGAGGUUAUCGAAGUAUCAUCCAUCCCCGUCUGUCUCAUGAAACCUUGUUCCGUAUGUAUGGAGGCCCAGGUAACCCUGCUGGGCACCCAGGCUCUCGUGGCCCCACAGGGCACCGGAUCCACCCAGAGCCCCUGUCCCCCUUCCCUGUGUCCCCUCUGCCGGGGCCGGGAGGAGCGGGCCUCCUAGCCCCGCCUCUGUCCCCAGCGCUCUCCAUGACUCCGACAUCUCACCUUCCUUACACUCCCUCACCCACCCUGUCACCCAUGUUAGGCUCCCACUUCUCCUUCAACCCAGAGGACAUGAAGCGCUACCUGCAGGCCCACACCCAGUCAGUGUACAACUACGGCCUCAGCCCCAGGGCUUUCCUCCAGUACCCCAACAUCGUUAUCCCUCAGCCUCACCGGCCCGCUGCAGAAAAGGCUGGUCUGACUGGAGAGAGAGGAGAGAGAGCAGAGCGAGCAGCUACAGCAGGGGGUGGAGAGAGGGGAGGAGAGCGGCACCACCAUCCAACUCUGGCCCACUCCGCCCACCACCACCCGCACCCACCUCACUCUGCCCACCCUCACCCCCAUUCUCAUCCCAUGCAUCACCCGCUUCACCUGGGCGAGGAGCCUCCACACAUGUCUCCCUUCAAGUUCAAGCUGCAGCCACCACCACUGGGCAGGAAGCAGAGGGACAGUCAAAGCCAGAGCAAACCAAGGCAGAGCUCCAUGUCCUCAGGCUCAGGAUCUGGGUCCAUGUCGUCUACCUCUGGCCUGGGCUCCUCGCUGUCGUUUGGCAGCGACCUGAGCUCAGCCAGCGGCUCAGGCAUCAUCUCUGCCUCGUCCUCAACACAGUCCCUAAACAGUGCAGGACUUCCCAAGAUAAAGGUGGAGCCCAUCUCUGAUAUCGAGUCAGAGGAAGAGGUGGAGGUGACCGACAUUAGCGAUGAGGAUCCAGAUGAGAGAGAUGAGGAGUUUGAGCUCUUCUCCCCUCGUCACUCCAGAGCGCCUGACCACCACCACCACCACCGCCGCCGCCUUGCUAAUGGCACAGCGGCCCCCCAACAUCAAUCCCAUACUGAUGAGGACCUGGACGAGGAUGUCUUCAAAGCCCCCGCUCCGCCUCCACCUGGCCUGAUGCCCUUCUUCACCUCACAGCACAUACACUCCAAUGCGCAUCGCGCUCUGCCCACCCUCAAGACUGAACCCAUCGACCCAGGGGACAGUAACACACCACCACCUCAGACGGGCUCAGCGGGAGCUCCCCAGACGAAGUGCAUCCCCCUCAAGCUGCGCUUCAAGAGACGCUGGAGCGAAGACCAGCGAAUGGAGGCCUCACAGGAGGAGUCAGACGACAAGAAAGUACGACCAGAGGAGGAGAGGGAAAGACAGAGGCAAAGUAAUGGGCGGAUGGAGAUGGAGGAGGAUGGGACGGGCAGCGGAGAAGGGGACAGUCCUCCCCCGUUGCCGUACGAGGGCUCUUUAGCCACACCGUUGAGGGUGAGCGCUGAACUACAUCGUGCCACUGCGCAGCUGUCUCUGGAGAACAAAGACUGUUGAUGAGAGACACAGCACAAACACUACUGCUCCAGUAGCACUGUAGGUGGUACAGGAGUAUGUAAAUGGUUCCUCUGUAAUCCCUCUCCCACACUGACAAACUAGAUGUCUGAAACCUCCAGUGAACUGAGAGCACAGUCCAACAUACACACAUACAAAACCAACACCUCAGAGACAGCCUGACUCUUGUUCUGUCGGAUCCCCCUCCAAUCCUCUGUCUGGAUCAGGGCUUUUCUGGGACACAUCCUCUGGGAGGUGGGACUCACUCAAACUCAGCCAUCCCAGGCACGGUGACUUUAAAGGGGCUGAAAUCAGAGGGAGGCUCCCUUUUGGAACUUGGCACCAACUUCACCUCCCACCUGGCCAGUGAUUCUCCAGAUGCCCUGCCCCAGUAGCACAGCCCCUGCCUUCGGGCCCCACCAUAAGAAUCAGCAGUCUGUCAGCUCUUUCCUCAGGGGAAACACACUCCCUUAUAGCCCAGCAACACACCUAGGAUGACAAUGUACACACUCUCCCCUAUGCUACUUUUCCUAUAAGCUGACGGGAUUUUGAUAAGUGCCUGUAUCUAUAAACCCACAGCCCUGGAGUGACAUGGAAGGGAACAAAGACCGGAGCAGACUGCUAUGUUCAUUAAGUCAUGAAACCCUCGUAACGCUUGCCAGAUACUAAAAAGUGAAAAAGAAAGUGUGUCUUCAAGAUUGAAGAGUGGGGCUGUUGGGUGUUGUCGUCUGACUGACUCUUAAACCUGGCCCACUCCACUCAGGGAAGCCAUUUGCUGUAUGUUUAUUGGAAUCAUGCACACAAACGCACACAAGCAAAAAAAAAAAAAAAAAAAAACGAAAAAAAAAGAAAAAAUAAAACCCCGCUCACAUUUGAAGCAUUGCUUACAGGCACUGCAACGCAAGACUAUACACACACUCACAUUUUACACAUCACACAGACUUUGACUCUGGCACCUUCCUCCUGUCUCUCUCUCUCUCUCUCUCCCAUUCGGCCUCCCACUGUCUCUUGUGGACCACCUGUGGAAAGAUCAUGACUCCACUCGCAGACAUAAUUUGUAACCCCAGGGAGAUGUGAGCAGAGGAAAAGAAGAGAAUGAAGAAGUUCUUCAUUAUAGAAGAAAGAAGGACUGCUGAGGGGACCGCGAUGGGAGGGCAGCAGGAGGGAGGGAGGGAGGGAGGGUUCGGGUGGUUCCAGUAACCGCUAACUAGCCUUUCUCACCUCACCUAACAUGGCUUGUAUACUGAAAAUAGUUUCUCUCAAGUCCCAGCAGCACAGAAUCCUAGUUCACCAGCUGAAGCUCCUCUAACAAACAUAGAUAGUGUUAAACCGAACCAGCAAAGACGCGCACACACAUACACACACACGCACGACACUGCCUUUAAACAUAAUCCCUCUCUCUCUAUGUCUGGCCCACCAGCUCUCCCUGUAGUGACGCCAUCCUCAGGUCCUGAGUGUGUGUAUGUGUGCGAGUGUGUGUGUGUGUGUGUGUGUGUGCGCAUGAGAUUGCCAGGCCUGUUAACUACAUGAGUGUGAGAGCCUGAGAGAACAGGGAACAUCUUAGACCUCACACACACACACACACACACACUCUGCCUCUCUAUGCCUUGUUUUUAUAGCAUGUAUAAAAGUGCAAACUGAGCUCUAAUAACACAACAUACAAACUAUAUCUUUAUAUAUAUUCUAAAUAAAAUUAUAAAGAGAGUUGCGAUUUUAAAAGAACCAUAGCAUUUUAAUGAUAUGAUUGAUUCAGGAUUUUUUUGGUAAAUGGAUCAUUUUGAGUGAUAAGAUGUGUCACGCCACUCACUAGGUAACGUGGACAGACAGAAGGGGGUGGUGUGGGGUCGGUUUAGAGGUGUGUGUGUGUGUGUGUGUGUGUGUCGGGGGGUGGGGGUCUGAGUAUUUUCUUGUACAUUUGUUUCAUAGACAGACAAGCCAGUGAAAAACAGCACAGGCCAGCCUACCAGAACAAGACUGGCAGGAAAAAAAACAAACAAACAAGCAAAAAAAAAAAAAAAAUGAAGCAGGACUCGAACAGACUGCUGAUGAUUCAGAUGUGUGUCUCACUCUGCUGUUCACUUCAUUUGCAGUAGCUUGCCCUUUCAGCGCACAGCAUUCUGCUCUUUCCUGUCUGUACAGUCUAGCUCAGCUCAGUGGGGUUCUCGCCGGCCCGAGCUGUCCUGGCCUCAGGCUACCUCCUCAGGCUCUGUGUUUGUGUGUGUGUGGGGAGGUGUGUGCUCAGAAUUAGCUCAUGGGUUAUUAGUGAAGUAGUAAUCCUGUCUUUUCUGUGAGUUAGCAUAAUGCUUUGAAAGUUCACUGCAGCUCUGGAUCAGGGCAAGGGAGAGAGAGAGAGAGGGUUAAGGGUCAUUACUGUAAGACGGCUCGGAGAAGUCGGACACGUGAGCCCCAUCCUGCAAGGCCCUCUGCUCAAUCUAUGCACAUUCAAACACACACAAAUGAUUUGUGAAUACCGUUUUAGCGUCUGGGGAGCUUUUAGUCCCUGCUGCCAAGUCAUCCAGCCGUCCGAUUGGUUAACCGUGCCAAGUUGACCGGCGGCCUGUCCCUGCCUGGCCAGUGACAAGACGGAUCUAUAGCAGCGAACUGUGAGAUAGAUGGCCUCCGGGCGGUCUGUGUAGCUGAGCUGAUUGAAUUUCCUCAUCAGACCCCUGUGGUCUGGACUGGAGCAUGUCACAACAUGCGCACACGCUGUCUCACACACACACACACGCACACACACACACACCCUCAGAGACCCUCACACGCCCUCACCCCCACCAGGUCCUGUGUCUGUAUUUGAACUGACAGCUGCCUUACUACUACUUGUCAUAUCUCAGCAACAGAUGAGGCGUCAAUCUCACCUGCUCUGCGCUCUUUCUAUUUUUCUCUCAGUUUAAUUUUUUUCCUCGCCCAGUUGCAGCCGUUGUCUAACUUCCUGCUAACUGCGGCGCGAUCUGACUCACGAUGUUGCAGGGUAAAAAUAAAAAAAAAAAAAGAGAUUGAUUGGACUCUGAUUGUAACACAGGCUCUCUCUCUCAUCCUGUUUCAGGCCUCUACAGUCAAAGGACGGUAGAUUAACAGCACAAAGAUUACGUUUCUCUAUCAAAAGCAUAAAGGUUUCUCGGUUUAUUUUUCUGAUGUUGAUAGUGCUAUUGAUUAUUGUUGUUGUUGUUAUUGUUCUCAUUUGGGUUAUUUACCUCUCCACUUGGCAUUAUUAUUAUUCCAUGGCUCUGUUAGCUGUUGCUUUUUAUGUUGUGUACAUCACUUUGGAUUAUGUGACAACCCCCUCCCUCCCCCUCAGACUCCAUUCCCUCCUUUCAAACCUUCAGCCUUCACCUUAACCCCCCCCUCCAAAACCUGAGAGCCUGAGACCUUUUUCUUGUCUUUUAGUUUUUACAAAUGUAAUAUAACUAAGAUGUGUAAUAUUAAUUUUGAUGCUGACAGAGAAAUAACAUCGGGGACUGAGAGGGACAAUGGCAGAGGAUUUUACCUUUUUUUUUUUUUUUUGUCAUGUAUUGUAAUUUUUAUUUUAUAAUGUUACUUUUUUUUUCCUCUCUCUCUUGCUCUUGUAUAUUUUUUCUUGUAAUUUUUUCAGAGGGGCUGGGGGUUGUAUCAUUUUAAAAGAAGAAAAAAGAUGUGUAUUGUUUGACUGUGUAAAGGUCUAUCUUCUCCCUCUUUCAGUCUCUCUUCUUUCGCCUCAUCUCCCCCGAGCAGUUACAUAACACUCAGAUGGAGAGAUGAGAGUUAAUACCAUGAUGUAACAUUGAAUUUCUCUACUUCUUUCGUGUUAUUUUUCCAAACUUGUAAUUAAGCUGUAAUCAGGGUUAAUUAAAACCAGUCAAAACCCA